GACACGUGGCAGCCCUUAGCGUUUUUCUCCAAACGACUACAACCUACCGAAUCUCGCUACAGCACGUUCGGUAAAGAACUACUUGCCGUAUAUCUAGCGAUACGUCACUUUCGACACGUCCUAGAAGGCCGCUCCUUUGUCGUCUUCACCGACCACAAACCCCUAACUUACGUGCUCGGCUCGACUACCGACCGAUACUCUCCUAGAGAGUCGCGCCACCUUGACUAUAUCGCUCAGUUUACGACCGAUAUACGGCAUGUCUCAGGUGUGCACAACCCCGUCGCCGAUGCACUUUCCCGCAUUCAAGCUAUCUCCGCUGACGCCGGCACUGCUAUCGACUUGGCAGCCAUGGCCACAGCGCAACUCAAGGACCCUGAGGUUGAUCUACUACGCAGGUCUCCCUCAUUGGACAUACGACCUGUUCCGCUGACAUCAUCAGACGGCACUAUACUGUGCGAUUUAUCUCUGGGCACGCCGCGCCCAGUCGUCCCACGUGAGUUUCGGCAGACCGUGUUCGACGCGUUGCACGGCUUGUCUCAUCCAGGCGUUCGUGCAUCGGUUAAACUCGUAACCGCACGAUUCGUUUGGCGCAAUGUUAAUCGGGACGUCCGUACCUGGGCAGCUGCUUGCCUUCCGUGUCAACGCGCGAAGGUGCACAAGCACACGAGAAGCCCAUUAGGCACUUUUCCGACGCCAGACGCACGCUUUCAUCACGUGCACGUCGACCUCGUAGGUCCUCUGCCGCCUUCCAAAGGCUCGGUAUAUCUACUGACCUGCAUCGAUCGAUUUACUAGAUGGCCUGAGGCCGUCCCUAUCCCAAAUUGCUCCUCGGAAACAGUAGCGAAAGCUUUUAUGGAGCGCUGGGUAGCUCAAUACGGCUGUCCCGCCAUCGUGACCACCGAUCGAGGGUCGCAUUUUUCGUCAACGUUUGCCACGUUGCUUAAGGAUUUAGGCUGUCGCCACGUUCAGACGACAGCGUAUCAUCCGGCCGCUAACGGCAUGGUGGAGCGUUUUCACCGCCAGUUGAAGGCAGCGCUACGUGCGCACGCAGAUCCUUCAUGGUCUGAAACGCUUCCCCUCGUUCUCCUAGGUUUAAGAAACACGGUUAAGACUGACUUCGACGCCACACCAGCGCAGCUAGUCUACGGUUGCACGCUGCGGUUGCCCGGACAGCUGGUAGCACCAGCCCCAUGUACUUCCACUUUUGACUACGGAAGUUACACUGACCGAUUGGCUCACCAGAUGCGUGAGCUACGUCCACCCGCUCCUCGAUCGCAGAAGACACCAGUGUACGUGCCCGAGAAGCUGUCUACGUGUUCACACGUCCUUCUUCGCGCAGACGGUGUUCGACAGCCUCUUCAGUCGCCGUACAUAGGACCCUUCAAGGUGCUGCAUCGUGCGAGUAAGGCGUACACUAUUGACCGCGGUGGUCGACACGAAGUCGUCACCAUCGACCGUCUAAAACCCGCCUUUAUGGAAGAAAACCCCUCGCCUACUUCGUCUAGUAGUGCUUCGUGCGACGUUGCAACUCAUCGCACCAACUUACAUCAUCCUAGUCCAGUUCAACCAGACCACGAUCUCGGUCUGCAAGCCGUCCCAACCUCUCCCGAAUCUAGCCCGCCGCCUCCCACGACCAAUCGCCGUGGUCGGGAGGUGCGUAAGCCCGUCCGCUUCUCCGACUAUGUACAGUGUAAAUACUUUUAACUUUGUAGAUAUUGUAUAUAUUUGCCUCAUUUUUGGUCGAUUAACGUUUUGAAAACAAACAAAAAUAUCAAAAACCCCCGAAAAACCUUUUUCGAAAAAAAUAUUCAAAAACCAAAAAAUAUUUAAACACGCAGCUCAUUCGUUUGUUCUUUUUGGCGUUUUCUGCGCGUGUCUUUCUAUUUUCUCGUUUUUACAUGCUCCAACCCUCCCCUUCGAUCGACUGGCCCACACGAGGAAUGUGUUUCGAGGACCCUGACGCGAACACUGGUCGCUUCUCCGCGGGACGAGGAUCGCUUCUCCGCGGGACGAGGAUCGCUUCUCCGCGGGACGAGGAUCGCUUCUUCGCGGGACGAGGAUCGCUUCUCCGCGAGACGAGGGUCGCUCCUCCGUGGGACCAUGGUCGUUUUCUUCGUGGGACGAGGGUCGUUUUGGCGCGGGGCGGGGUGCGGCGGGGGGAGAGACCACUCCCAAGCGCACCGUUUGGCAGCAGCGGAGGUUGAGGUCCUGUCGGCCUUUUUCUGGGCUAGCCAGUUUUUUUGUAGUCCGACAAGCCCGCUCCAACGGCUCGCCGAAAUGCACCCUGCCCUGCAUUCAAUAAAUAACGAAUCAUAAACGGCACAGCGGACUCCGACUUCCGACGAACCCCCAUUCACACGAACGCUCAUUCAUUUUUACUUGGCACGAUUUCGCCUUACGAACCUCGUUUCGACAUUCCUUUUCGAUUUCGAAGGCUUUCUAUGUUCAGCCUUCUAGGGGGGAGCUCUGUAGCGCCCAAAAAGAUAACUCUUAUCUUUCGUGUACAAUUUACUUGUUGACCGAUUGUACAUUACUCCUUCUUGUUUUAAUCUUACAACCGGCUCGACACACAACUGCCUUGUAAGUUCCCGCGCUCACGUGUACGCUCUUGCCUCGCUUCAUCCGUCCGCUUCUUGUUGUAGCCCAUCGAAUACAGUCCGCUGUGUCCGACUCCAAUUGCCUUCUGAUAUCCGCG